CAGAGAGGGGGCGGGGGGGAAGGAGGAGAUGAAAACAGUUAGGAAGGGGAAAAAGAAGAGCACGRACUAAAAACGGAUCGGUUUUGUUUUGUUUUCCUUUUAAACAUAACCGUGGGCAGGAUCCUGUAGCUUUGCUGUUGAACCACACAGAUUAUCCGUCAUGUCGURAAAAAUCCCAGGAUAAAAAUGUCCGGGGAUCUUCUUAAGGAAUCCUGCCACUAAACUGCGCCGCGCUGUCACGAUUUAAGGAAGUAAAACUGAACAUGAGUCUCAUUUAACCGAGGAGCGGGGCCAUUAUCAAGCUCAUACCAGCCAAACUCAAARUCCACCCCCCGCCCCCUGAUUUCUUUUUUACUCUUCAAUUARCAGAAAGGGAUUUUUUUUCUUCUCCUUCUUUUUUUUUUUUUUACUGCAUUGAAUUCCUCUGGACGAGAUGUCAUCCGCAUUCAGGAGGAGCUCCUCCGGCUGACUGAGCCUCCCAGCAGCAGAGGGACGCCGACGCACAGACGGACGAUGGGAGAUGCGGCAGAGGACAGAGGGAUGAGACGCACAUUCAUCGUCCCUGCUAUCAAGAGCUUCGACCACUACGACUACACCAGGGCCAAGAUCUCCUGCAGCCUGACGUGGCUGGUGGCCAAGGCUUUCGGCUCGGAUGCCGUUCCGGAGGAGCUGGCCGAGCCCUUCUACAGGGACCAGUACAACCAGGAGCACCUGAAGCCUCCCGUCGCCUGCCUGCUUCAGUCCGCAGAGCUGUACUGCCGUGCAGGAAGCCUGAUCCUCCGYAGCGAUGCCGUCAAACCUCUACUGGGACACAACGCCGUCAUCCAGGCCCUGGCCCAGAAGGGGCUGUACGUCACAGACCAGGACAGACUGGUCACCGAGAGAGACCUGACCAGCAUGCCCAUACACAUGAGCUCCCAUCUGGCGCUCAUCGAUACCUUGAUGAUGGCCUACACCGUGGAGAUGGUGAGCGUGGAGAGGGUGAUGUCCUGCAUCAACAAGUAUUCGCCUGCUGAACCGCUACACGGCGACGGUCUCGUCCAGGGGCUGCCGUACGACACCGAGGACGCCAUCGCCACCUGGAUCAACAAGGUGAACGAGCAGCUGAGGGACAUCCUCAUCGAGGAGCAGAAGUUAAGAGAAGCCUCCCUCCAAGACUCAAACGUCACAACACAUAAGUCUUCUAGCAAAUGGUACUGGAGAUUAGUACCUGCCCGGUACAGGAGGGAGCAUGCCCAGAAGAAUGUCCCGUCGCUCCACCUGGUGGAGAACSUGCUGAAGGACAACACAGAUGGCUGCGCCCUCGCUGCCCUGCUGCACUUCUACUGCCCGCAGGCCGUCCGGCUGGAAGACAUUUGCCUCAAGGAGACCAUGUCUCUGGCUGACAGUCUGUACAACCUCCAGCUGGUGCAGGAGUUUUGCAGGAACAACCUCAAUCACUGCUGCCACUUUAGCCUGGAGGACAUGCUCUACACGCAUGCAUCCAUAAAGAGUAACUACCUGGUGUUUAUGGCUGAGCUUUUCUGGUGGUUCGAGGUCGUGAAACCCUCAUUUGUUCAGCCCAGAGUCUUCGACCCCAACGCCUGUGAGCCUGUAUCGUCCUGCAGAGAUAUGGCUCCUGUGUCCAGUCCUGUCAAACAGAACUAUGCAGACAGACCUUCCAGUCCAGAAAACCUCACAGCUGAAGGCCUAAUGAAGAGAUCUACCUCCAUGUCCUAUGUUGACGGUUGUGUCGGGACGUGGCCCAAAGAAAAACAAUCCUCCUCUCGGGGAAUCUCCUUUGAGAUCCUUCUGGAUGGAGAUGCAACGUUGCCCCCCUUUGAGGCUCCUUCUACCUGCGGCAUGACCCGCUCAGCCAGUACUGAUGGUCUGGGGUUCAAAGUUCAUUAUGCAUCAAGAGGAGGCAUGAAACGCCACCUCUCCCUCACGCCGGUCGAAGUGAACGGACAGGGCAGACAGAUCCCAGAGGAGGAUGACGACUUUACUUCCCACAAACCUUUGGGACGGAACAACACUUUCUCUAUUAAAAGCCAAAGCAGGUGCCCCAAUGGAGUCUUACCAGACAACAGCAGCCCCGCCAAGUACCAAGGGAACCACUCCGCCCGGGUCAGUCCAUCAACUCCUCCGAGCAUCGAGGAGGCCCUCAAGAUCAUCCACGACACCGAACGGCCUCAUGCCAGCCUCGCUGUUGGAGAUGGAGACAAUGGCUUUUUUCUGCAUGGUGCAKAUCCGUCAGAGCCUCCAGGGGCUCAAGCUCCUGGAGAUGACUUUGGUUCAGCGAAGGCUCGGGUGAACGACCGAGACCCCAACUCUGCCUCCACAGAUGAAGUCGACACAGGCAUCCAUGUGCGGACAGAGGACAUCCAGAGUUUGGAUGAGGACUCCUCGUCUCUGAGGGACUACUCGGAUAUAGAUCCAGACUGCGAGGCCGUGACGAGGUCGUGUCCUCUGCCUGGCAAGCAGGAGAGGAGCAGGGAAGGGGAACACAAGGAGGAAGUGGAAGCCAACCCUGAGGGCGAACAGGGACAGGGAGGUGACAGAGGCAGCCCCUGCCCCAGUUCUGCGCCCACCAUCCCCAGGUCUUAUACAGGCAGUCCUGCCUCUUCAUCGGGYGGGUCAGCUGGGGGUCUGGUGCGGAUGACCAGCUUUGCAGAGCAAAAGUUCAGGAAGUUGGAGGGAAGAAGCAGCGGAGGAACCACAACUCCAGACAGCUCUGACCUCAAUGUCCCCUACACACACUCGGCCAGAACCACUUCCUCUCAGUUCUCGACGCCUCCCCUGCCAAUCACGUCGCCUUCUCCGGCUGCCCCGUCGCCUCGAGACCCCUCCCACUUCAUCGCCUCWGAAAUGAUUCAGCUGAGAAUGAAACUUGAAGAAAAACGCAGAGCCAUCGAAGCCCAAAAGAAAAAGGUAGAAGCAGCUUUCACCAGGCACCGCCAGAAAAUGGGAAGAACAGCCUUCCUGAAUGUAGUAAAAAGGAAAGGAGUGACGGCCCCUCUGAGCCAGAACUCCGUAGGGGCAGAAACACCUUCACCCGAGCCCAUSUCCUCCUCAAAGGAGGACAGUGUGGAGCGGGUGGAGCGAUGCAAACCUGAUGGAGCAGCUCCCAAAUCUCCCUGCGAAGACGGUGGGGGCGUGACCCCUGGAGAGGUUGACCUUGCAGAAUACACACGGUCCAUUGAAAGGCUGAACACGUCGCUGGGCUUCCUGCAGACUGAGAUGCAGCGACUGGCCCAGCAGCAGGAGAAGAUCAUGGCCAUGAGAGACCAGCAGCAACAGGCCUGGGUGAUCCCGCCUCCUGCUCCGUCUCCGCACAGGCAGCUCCGCGAGCUGCGCAGCAGCAGCGUGACAGGCAGAGGAUCGGGCCGGGGGUCGGUGGGAUCCUUGUCCCCGAUCCUGUCCUCUUCCGGAUCGCCACGCGCCCCCAACCGUUCGCCUGCGGGUAUCAAACGACGACCAGCCUCGUUUCAUGCCAGAACGCCUCGGACUCCCCGUCCGAACGACCUGAAGGUCACCCCCAUCAGUCGGAUGCUCAACCCUCCCACCUCAGUGGACAGCCUGCCCAGACUGAGGCGCUUCAACUCCAGCCAAACCCAGCAGAGCUCGUUUGCCUACCUGAGUCACGACGAGGGCGUCAGGGGGAGACACAACCAAGAGCUCRAGGGCGAAAAAGAUGAGUCGAAGAAAAAAGAGGAAAUGGUAGUAAAGAUCAGUGAUGAGGAAGAACGCAAAGGAAAGACRAGUGAACGUCUGAAGGAGAGGACAGAAUCUAAAGAGCAGUCGAAGACAUCAGARGUUUUGUGCCAGCCGCUUUCAGAGGUCAAAGGUGGGGUUGUUAGCCAKAGUCAAGAUGACAAACAGGAAAGGAAGGACCUAGUGGAGGUGCCGCUGUCCUGGCUAAAGCCUCCUGGUGGCCGGGGUCCGGAGAACAUAGAGGAUGGAAAGAAAGGAGGAGAAAGUCACGGAGACGACCAAAAGAUGUGCUGCGGAUUCUUCUUUAAGGAUGAUGUGAARGGAGAAGAGGACAUGGCGGCAAAGAAAGCAGCUCUGUUGGAAAAGAGGCUUCGGAGGGAGAAGGAAGCGCAGGAGAAGAGGCAACAACAAGAGCUGGACCAGGAGCAGAAGAAAGAAGCCGCACGGCUAAAGGCAGAGGAGGAGCAACAGAAGAAGGACGAAGAGAAGGCGAGGAGGGAGUACAUCAAGAACGAAUAUCUGCGGAGGAAGCAGCUCAAGCUGAUGGAGGACAUGGAUGAGGUCAUCAAGCCUCGAAGUGGAAGUCUGAAGAAAAAGCAGCGGCCCAAGUCCAUCCACAGGGACAUCAUGGAGWCAUCUACUCCUCCUGUGAGRACGACAGGUGAAGGACUCCCAAAGCACCGUCACAAACCGACGUUACAAACAUGUUCCCACCGAGAGACUCAUGCUGAUCUGUGCUGGUUCUGUGCAGGUGUGCGUCCUCGGGGCUUCUCUGUCUCAAGUGUCUCUUUGGCAUCCCUCAAUCUGGCUGAYAACGACAGGGACCAGCCAGAUAACAGGAAGAACAGCAGAGGCCACAAACUAGCUUCAGCUCAUAUCCCGUUUUUUUUAAGCUCCCCCAAAGACAGAAAGGGAAGGCCAGACUCUGCGGAGGGUUUUUCCUCUUGUCCUUCAGCCGGCAGUCGUAACGGAGAGAAAGAUUGGGAAAACGACUCGACCACUUCCUCCACUCCCUCCAACACAGAGUACACAGGACCUAAACUGUACAAGGAGCCUAGUGCYAAGUCCAACAAGCACAUCAUCCAGAACGCCCUGGCUCACUGCUGCCUCGCUGGCAAAGUCAAUGAAGGGCAGAAAAACAAGAUACUUGAUGAAAUGGAGAAAUCCGAAGCCAAUAACUUCCUGGUGUUGUUCCGUGACUCCGGCUGCCAGUUCAGAUCCGUCUACACGUAUUUCCCCGAAACGGAGGAGAUCGCCAAACUGGCCGGCAUCGGCCCAAAAUCUAUCACUCCCAAGAUGAUCGAGACUUUGUACAAGUACAACUCGGACAAGAAGCAGUUCAGCAAGAUCCCGGCUAAGACCAUGUCUGCCAGCGUGGACGCCAUCACCAUCGCCAACCACCUGUGGCAAACCAAGAAGCAGGGGACGCCCAAAAAACACCCAAAGUAGARCCAGGUGAAGGCGGUGUGUCUGGACAAGCUCUGUUGAAACAAACAGAAGAAAAUGUGGAUUUCUUUUUUUCUAUAUAUAUUUGAGGGACACCAGUUACCAUUCCUGAAAAUCUCAACUGGAAUGUUGAAAUACAUUAUCACGCGUAAAACUAAUACAGAGCUGGCUAUGACACUACUUCAGUGUGGCACAAGUGUGUUCUUGUCAGCAUGUGUAUCAAUGUUCUCAUGUGCCAAAAAAAAAAAAAGAAAAAGAAAAGAUGAUA